AACUCUGAGAAUAACUAAACUUAAAGCAAUAAUAAUAAGAAUUCGUCCAGAAGUGAUUCAAAUCCGUUCUCGCGCCGAAACCGUGUCUUCAUUCAUAAAUUCUGCAGAGGAUACGAAUUACACCAAAUCCACAGGAAUACUGAACAGUUGCAGAAAUGAUUGACAUCAAUAAAAGUUGUACCUACAACAUCCAAAUCGAAGAUUUGGCUCGAGUUGUGGAGUUUUCUCCAUACGAAUUAUCCUGUAGAUUAUUGGCGAUCGGCACAAAUAGCCGAAUUAUUAUUUUCUCAUGCCGUUUCCCUGAAGAAGAUGCAGAAUUAAAAAACAUGGAAUAUGAAGAAUUACAAAUAUUACAAGCCGGUUGUGCCAUUACUGCUCUCAGCUGGAGUCCAGACACUUCCGUUUCUCAUAUCACAAAUUUUAUCAAGCUUGCUGCUGCAGGAAUGGACCAUAACAUAAGGCUUGUGUCAUUUGACCUGAAAAAGGAACCAGUUGUUGAGGAGCUGUCUGGUCAUAAAAGCUUCAUCAAUGCAAUUGCUUACGAACCAAAUGUAGGGCAACAACUUGCAAGUGUUGGCGACGAUAAUACCUGCAGAAUAUGGGAGACCAGUGGAGAGGAAUCUAAAACGAAAGAAGUGUUGUGUUUUUACCUGAUGUCGCCAGGUGUCAGUGUUUGUUGGCACUAUGAAGAACCCAAAAAGAUUCUUGUAGCACAAAAGAAUGGUAUAAUUCGGUUCUUCAGUCUUCAUAACCAGCAACCUAUCAUGUCACUGGACUGUGGUCAAGCUCCACUCAUGGCAGCAGAUUGGUGCCAUAUCAAUUCUCUUGCUGUUGUUGCUGCUGCAGCCACAGACUGGAUAUUAUUUGAUUCCUCUGUAUCUAGUGGUCCAGCUGAUAAGAAACAAGCCCAUCCUGAUGGUAUUACUCAGCUUCGUUGGUGUAAAUGUUCAGACAACCUUUUGGCUACCAUUGGACAUCCAGGCUGUCAAGUAAAAUUAUUCAAUGUCAAAGGUCAACAGUUACUUAUGUCCCAGUCAUACGCUGUGGGCUCAGGACUCACAUGGCAUCUAAACCUACCAAUAUUUGCUGUUGGUGGAGACAAAUUUGUAUAUUUCUGGUCAGCAACAGCUUCUUGAAGUCGUACAUGUUAUACAUCUAUAUUUCAUAAUUCACUUUAUUUCUAUAAUAAAUCUUUUUUAAAAAAAUUC